AUGCCCCGGGCGUUUCUGGUCAAACGGCGGGCGUGUGUGGGCCGUGACUGGGGCCUGGUGUGUGAUCAUCAUCGCGGGGAUUUCUACAUUCCUGAUUCUUCUUGCAAGGCGAAGGCAGCCUAUACUGAGGGACACUUUGUCUGCCUCUACUGCUGGAAGGCGUUCCCGCUACAACGCAUGCUAACCCGCCACCUGAGGUCCCACAGCACGGUGAAGAGGCACGUCUGCAGCUUCUGCGGGAAAGGUUUCAAUGACACCUUCGAUCUGAAGAGGCACAUGCGCACACACACAGGCAUUCGGCCCUACAAGUGCGAGCUGUGCGACAAGGCAUUCACACAACGGUGCUCGCUGGAAUCUCACCUGAAGAAGGUCCACAACAUGCACCAGAACUACGCCUACCGGCAACGCAGAUCCAAGGUGUUUGUCUGUGAAGAUUGUGGCUUCACAUCCAAUCAAGGGGAUGCGUACGUCCUCCACAUCCGAGACCACCACCCCAGGAGUCCUGCCGUGUGCGCGUACCUACGCAAACACCGCGCCUCAAUCCACGACAGGAUCAGGAUACUCUUCCCACGCUAUGUGUAA